AUGCCGCCGCAACGGAGAAGCCGGGCGAAACCGGGCCAGAGACCCCGGGCCAAGCCGGACCGAAAAGCAGGAGCAAGGCCGGGAGGGCCGCCCCGAACGGCUGCUCCUUCAUCCCAGCGGAAACCGCCGGCCCGGCCGAAAGCCGCGGCCACCGCGAUCUCAGUCGCGGCGGCGGAGGAGGAGAGGCGGCUCCGUCAGAGGAACCGCCUGGCGCUGGAGGAGGACAAGCCGGCCGUGGAGCGGUGCCUGGAAGAGCUGGUCUUCGGCGACGUCGAGGACGAUGAGGACGCGCUGCUGCAGCGCCUACGGGGCCCGCGGGUUCAAGUACAGGAAGACUUGGAUGACUCUGAAGUGGAGAAUGAAGCAAAAGAUAAUUUUCUGCCUCAAAGAAAACCAGUUUGGGUGGACGAAGAAGAUGAAGAUGAGGAAAUGGUUGAGAUGGUGAACAAUCGAUUUCGUAAAAAUAUGAUGAAAAAUUCCACUGAAAACAAACUUUCAAAGGACAAGCUUCAACAGAGACUUAAAGAAGAAUUUCAGCAUGCUAUGGGGGGUGUACCUGCCUGGGCAGAGAGAAGAAAGCGGAAAAAAACUUCAUCUUCAGAUGAUGAAAGUGAAGAGGAAGAUGAAUUGUUGCAAAGGACUGGAAAUUUCAUAUCUACAUCAACUUCUCUUCCAAAAGGAAUCUUAAAGAUGAAGAACUGCCAGCCUGCUAAUGCCGAGCGUCCUACUACUGCUCGUAUCUCAUCAGUACAGUUCCAUCCUCAUGCACAGGUUGUGAUGGUUGCUGGACUAGAUAAUUCAGUAUCACUGUUUCAGGUUGAUGGAAAAACAAAUCCUAAAAUUCAGAGCAUCUAUUUGGAAAAGUUUCCAAUCUUUAAAGCUUGUUUUAGUGCUACUGGAGAAGAAGUUUUGGCUACAAGUACUCACAGCAAGGUUCUGUAUGUCUAUGACAUGAUGGCUGGAAAAUUAAUUCCUGUGCAUCAAGUUAGAGGUUUGAAAGCAAAGAUAGUAAGGAGCUUUGAAGUUGCCCCAGAUGGGUCUUUCUUGCUUAUAAAUGGUGUUGCUGGGUAUUUGCAUUUGCUGGCAAUGAAGACUAAGGAAUUGAUUGGUAGCAUGAAAAUUAAUGGAAGGAUUGCAGCAUCCACAUUCUCUUCAGAUAGCAAGAAAAUAUAUGCUUCUUCAGCGGAUGGAGAAGUUUAUGUUUGGGAUGUGAACUCUAGAAAAUGUCUUAACAGAUUUAUUGAUGAAGGCAGUUUAUAUGGGUUGAGUAUUGCUGCGUCCAGGAAUGGACAGUAUGUGGCUUGUGGUUCUAAUUGUGGAGUGGUAAACAUAUACAGUCAAGAAUCUUGUCUCCAAGAAACAAAUCCAAAGCCAAUAAAAGCUAUAAUGAAUUUGGUAACAGGUACUAAUUCUCUGGCUUUCAACCCAACUACAGAAAUCUUGGCAAUUGCUUCAGACAAAAUGAAAGAAGCUGUCAGAUUGGUUCACCUUCCAUCUUGUACAGUAUUUUCAAACUUCCCAGUUGUUAAACAGAAACAUCUUUCUCUUAUUCAUACCAUGGAUUUUUCACCCAGAAGUGGAUACUUUGCCUUGGGAAAUGACAAGGGCAAGGCCCUGUUGUAUAGGUUACACCAUUACUCAGAUUUCUAAAGAAAUUAUUUGAAAUCCAGUAGAGCUGCAUGAGAAGCCCAUCCUGAUAUAUCUUCCCAGAAACUUUCCUGAAUGUGUGAUUGUAUGUGGAUAGUGAUUUAUUAAGCCAUCUGUGUUUACUUAUCAAAAAAAGUCUUAAUAAACAUACAGCAACUUUU